CUUGAUGAACGCAGCUGUUAUCGACGUCACUAUCUAACGGAGACAGGGACCGUCAAAGCUCGGGUACCGCUAUACACGGGCAGGGUAGGACCCCUUUUCAUUCAGUUAAACCGAGCCAGCCCAGGAUACAGAGGUACGUAAAUCAUGGGACAUUGUGCAGGACAGGUCGACGACAGCAGCCACAGAGGAAACAGCUCCAUUACUCGGGUGGAACAGGGAAUUUAAUCGCUGACGGGUUACGGCUACAACCCUCCUCUUUCUCCAUCUCCUCCAUUUUGGUUGUCAGUGAUGGAGCACAUCCGGACGCCCAAGGUGGAAAAUGUGCGUCUCAUUGACCGGUCAUCGGGCCAGAGGAAGGCCAGCACUGGGACUCUCUACCUUUCUGCCACACACACCAUCUUUGUAGAGAACAACCCUGAGACACGCAAGGAGACAUGGGUGUUGCACAGCAUGGUGAGCAGUGUGGAGAGGCCGCCCACGAUCCCUGCAGGAAGUCAGCUGAUCCUGCGCUGUAAAAACUUCCGGGUCUACCAGAUCCUGAUUCCACAGGAGAGAGACUGCAUGGACGUCUACUCCUCAUUGGUCAGAUUGUCUCGACCAGAGAAGUACAGCGAGUUGUACUGUCUGUCCUUUAAUCCCAAUGUGAACAAAGAGGAGAGAGAGGAGUCGUGGAACUUCAUAGACGUCAUGGCUGACUACAAGAGGAUGGGAGUUCCUAAUAACCUUUGGGUCCAUACAGCAGCUAACAGUGAAUACAGGGUGUGUGACACUUACCCAUCAGAGCUGUUUGUUCCCAAGUCAGCUACACCCGCCAUCAUCGUGGGCAGCUCUAGGUUCAGGAGUCGAGGACGAUUUCCUGCUCUGUCCUACUUCCACCAGGACACACUGGCAGCAGUGUGCCGCUGUAGUCAGCCGCUGUCAGGGUUCAGUGGACGCUGUCAGGAGGACGAGAUGAUGCUUCAGGCUGUGAUGAAGUCCAACCCUGGCAGUGAAUUCAUCUAUGUGGUGGACACAAGGCCCAAGCUGAAUGCCAUGGCAAACCGAGCUGCAGGUAAAGGCUACGAGAACGAGGACCACUACACCAACAUCAAGCUGCAGUUCAUCGGCAUCGAAAACAUUCACGUGAUGAGGAGCAGCCAGCAGAAAAUCAUUGAUGUGGGUGAGAUGAAAGCUCCAUCAAUGACUGACUUCCUGUGGGGUCUGGAGAACUCCGGCUGGCUGAAACACAUAAAAGCUGUACUCGAAGCUGGGGUCUUCAUAGCCAGGGCAGUUGCUGAUGAAGGGGUCAGCGUGUUGGUUCACUGUUCAGACGGCUGGGACAGGACGGCUCAGGCCUGCUCCGUAGCCAGUGUACUGUUAGACCCGUUCUACAGAACCAUCAAAGGACUCAUGGUGCUAAUAGAGAGAGACUGGGUUUCCUUUGGUCACAAAUUCUCCCACAGGUAUUCCCACCUGGACGGAGAUCCCAAAGAGGUGUCCCCGGUCAUCGAUCAGUUCCUGGAGUGUGUGUGGCAGCUGUCCGAGCAGUUCCCGUGUGCCUUUGAGUUCAACGAGCGCUUCCUCACCGCCAUACACACACAUGUCUACUCUUGUCAGUACGGGACCUUCCUCGGAAAUUGCCAAAAGGAACGCAGAGACCUAAGGCUUCAUGAACGGAGUCACUCUGUGUGGCCUCAGCUGUGGAAGGACCGGGCUGAGUACAUCAACCCUCUUUACAAGGCCGAGCUGAGCCAGAGUCAGGGUGUCUUGAGACCCAAUACCACCCCCUACUGCUUCAAGAUGUGGAAGGGACUUUAUAACCACGUGGAGAAAUCUACGCCUCCUCGUCAGACACCUUCAGACUACCUGACUGCAGUGAGGGAGGAAUCCCAGCAGCUGGAGGAGGAGCUGACCAAUCACCAGGAGAGGAUUGCAGCCCUGACGGGGAAGCCAAUCACGUGGGAGAAGAUCGAGGUUCCGAGGAGGAGGACUAGUCACCUGUGGCAGAAACACUGCGGGCCGGACCCGCCCACCAAUUACACACACCCGAUCACCAGCUGUGCACAGGACAACGACCAGGCCCUCUCUAAACCAUUCAAUCAGAACGCUCAGACCAAGGACCCCGCACUCACCCUGCCUCUCGGGUUGUACACACAUCUCAAAAGUCAGGACACCGAUGACCUCUCUGCCUGCAGUGACCUGGAGUCUGGGGUGGCCGACCUCAGCAGCCGCUCGUCCAGUGGCGGGUAUGAAAGCAAGGACUCUGACCCAAAUGAGACCGCCUUCAUUUCUGCCUGACUGGAAUAAAAGGGGAACCCUGCUGUCUGGCUGUCUCUCCCCAACCCCCCCCCCCAAGAAAUCUUUCUUCAUGCACCUGGAGGAGAGGCUGUGAGCAGGUAAAGAUGGCUGCUGGCUGACUGACUGAGUCUGUUGGAGUUAUUCUUUUUUUUUUUAGUCUAAAGGGAACCCUUGCUGUUAUCAGUUCAGCUGUUUGAUGAAGGCACUAAAAAAGGAUGCUACUUGAGAAUUUUUAUUUAACUUUUUUUAAUUUCCUUUUUUUUGCAGAAAGGUUGCUAUUUUUUAUACGUGUAUGCUGCUUUUAGGCACAAUUCCAUAAUUUGUACUCGGUGUAACAAAUGCACAGUUGCCACGCUGAGAUGGAUGAAUGUUAAUGAAAGCAGCCUGAUUAUGUACAGGGAUCUUUUCUUGUCUUUAAGCAAGAGGGUGGUCUUUCAGUUUGAGAGCAUGAAAUGUUGUCAUGCUUUGCCUCAAAACCCUGCUCACGCACUCAAACAGUCCUCUGGAGUUCUUCCAUUUUUAAAGGGUCGAUGCGCAAAAAAAGUGCACAGAAGCAUUUCAUGUGCAAUUAAAAGGCAAAAAAAAAACGAAUCUCCGAGUAGAGGCCAUUUUUGGAGCAAAAGCAAAGUUAAUCUGAGUUCAAGCAGGGUUUUAAAGAAAAGCAAUACAACUCCAAAAUUGAAGCUGGAAAUGUAAGUUCUGAAAUGAAGAGGCCACUCAUUUGAAUAAAGAUUGGAGAAAAAUCUAGAACGGUUUUACUCUAAUGUGAUGAGGUAAGGGAAACUGUCUUCAGAGAGUCUUACAAACUUUAACAUGGGUUCAUAUUUAUUAUGAUACUUCUUCAAAUAACACAUCUCUGCUCAACCCAAUCAAAAACCAGAAAAUUGAAGGAAAAUCUGUUCAUUGAUAUUAUUCUGUCAGCCUUUCUCUUACUGAAAACUAUAUGUUUUACUAGUACUUAAAUGUUUCCCUUUAGGUUUAGGUAAGUCCUAUACCACAGUUCUAGUGUGAUACAAAGCUGAUCGACAUCCAAAUAAAUUACAGGACGGAAAAUCACAUUUUAAGUCACCGGUAAUUAAGGAGAGAGUGGUUUCCUGAGAGCUUUAGGGUGUUUAGACAUGACAGGUCUUCAGUCUCAUCAUGAUAAACAGUGCUAUAAAACGUUUCAGGGGAAAAUGUAAAAUGAUAUUUAAUGUAGUUUAAACACUGGGGGGGUGAUGAGCCAACAGCCAAAAUCUACUCUGAACCUAAAUUGACAUAAAGCUGAGUCAUGCACUGAUGUUUUUUAUUUCCUCUCUCGUACCUUUUCUGUUUGUUUUUUAUUUAACACUGUUUGCCACUAGGGGUCAGUAUUUAGUGUUUAUGCUUUUUGGAGAUCAAACACAACAUACUUAGUUCAGAUGUGACAUUGUGGCUUACAUCCUGGCUACAAAGAAAACACCACGAGGUAAACAUAUAGUUGGCUAUCACCCGAAAUAAAGUUCUUAAUCCUGCUGUUGGGGCUGUGACUGGCUAGAACGACUGUGAAAAAUAUGUCUUCAGGAUACAAGAGAUCACUGUUUAUAUCCUUUUUUUAUCCUCUCUUAUCAUUUGAACCCAAACCUGAAUGUUUACUUGACCUUACCAGGUAGUUUAUUACAUUAAAACCUUUGUCCCAUAGUUUGAGUGACAACAAAUCUCCCUUGACUUUUAAAAAACUGUUUAUGUUGUUACAAGUGCACUGCCCUUUGGAUGCAACAGGGUAUAUAUACUCCAUCGAUGAUUAGUGACACACCAAACAAGUGACAGGUAACACAUUCACAGAAUCAUGGCCAUUUCACAACCCUGAAGAAAACACUGCACCUUCUUUUCAGAUGAAUUACUCCCCUGGGUUUUUAUCAUUUCUCCUUCCUAGCCUGAACUGUACGGGAUAAUAAAACAAAGCGGGACUUAAUGUCUGACUUCUUCUUCACCCACUUUGACCUCUUGGUAGUUAUCAAAAAAGGGAUGAAUAAGAACAAAAUGUGAACAAAAAUAUUUAUGUUUACAAGCAAAUGCUGAACUUUUUCUUUUUCUUUUCUUGUGUGCAAUAUAUUAUUUUAAAGCCAUUAGUUAGUUUGUUUCAGUGAACUGUCUAUCAACAAUAUUCAUGAUUUAUGCUCAGAAAAGUUUGUCAGAUAACCAAUGUUUCUAAUGUCCUUGGAACACUAUGAUUGACUGAUGUGUGCUUUAAGAACUGAAGAAUGAAAAGUUGAUCUCCUUUUAGGUGUCUUUAACUUUUUACAUUCCCUUAAACUUUAUGUCCAUAGAGAUUGAAAUACUAUUUCAGUUUGUUUUUGGAAGUGCAGUCCAUAUUUGAACAAGUACUGACUGAUAUAUUAGGGAAUACUGGUUAUGUUGGUGUAUUUGUAUUUUAUGAAAACGGACUUUUGCUGCAAGAACUCCCUCUUUAAAGACAGCAAAGAAAACACUGUAUGUCUUACACAUGCUAACAGUCUUAAACAUAAUAACAGUUUGUGUUCACUGUUGAGCAGUGGCAAUCAUUUAUCAAAUGUAUUAUCAUGUAGCCAAGUUUUCAAAGCGUGGAUUUUAGUCUGAAAUCAUGUACACAUUCAUUUGGUCAAAUUAGGAAAUAAGAGCCAGGAUUUGUUUGUUGUUACAUCUAGAAAAGUCUCUCUCUUUAAAGCUGUGAAGCACUGAAACUUAAACACGUGUUUAACUGGAGAAAAAACUAAAAAGACAGUGUUGGUGUCUAAAAGCUGGAGGCCCUGACCUUGUCUCCUUUGAAACUUGUAAAUUUCAUUGUAGCCUGUGGUGUGUAUGUCAGUGUGUGUGUGUGUAUGUUCUGUAUUCAUCAUGUAAAUGAUCUAUCAAUAAAUGCACUGUUGAAGGCAAAUGCAAUAUA